AUGGACUCGGACGGUCGGCUCUCGACUGGCGAUCUGGAGCAGCAAGAGAGUGGGACGGGUAUGUCGCCGGCGAUGGCGGCGCUGGUGAAAGAGAAUAGAGAGUUGCGGACACAGCUAGAUGCGCUGGCCGAGUCGCAGGUCUCUCUGGCCGAGCACAACAAGGUCAAGUCCGAGCUGGCUGCCAAGGAGAAGGCAUACGACGAGCUGCAUGGCAAGUACCGCCACCUGCAGGACGUGCUCCGCAAGGCUACCGAGCAUCUGGAGGGCAAGCUGGAAGGCGAGAAGCGGAUGCGGCUGAAGGAUGAGGUCAAGCACAAGCUGCAGACAAAGACACUGCAGGAUCUGACCGAAAAGUACCUCGCUGAGGUCGAGGCCCGCCGCGACGCCGAUUAUCGCGCCCAGGAGGCCGAGGCUGCGGCCGACGCCCGCAUCGAGGAGAUCGCCGCCGAGCUGCGCAAGGCCAAGGCCCACAACACAGACCUCAACCUCAUGUACCUUCAGUGCAAGAUGGUCAAAGAGGAUCUACAGGCGUCGUACAACCAACUCAAGUCCCGGGUUCAGGCUGCUCGCCGUCGGCGGACCUCUUCCACCCAUGCCUCUUCCCACGGCUCCUGCAAGAACGCCACGCGGUACUUCUGCUUUGUCCACCAUGCUCAUGUCUGUUCCGACUGCGUAGCGUCCCACUCUAACUGUGUGUGUGGACUCUACAUCGAAUGGCUCAAUGACUCUGACUACCAAUGGCCUCCCACAUGUCCCAUCUGUGCUCAGUUGUUGGCCAAGGGAGAGACGCUGCGACUUCUUUGUUAUCAUAUGGUUCAUCCUCAUUGUUUGAGAGACUCGUUGGCUUCUCUGCCUGAUACCACGGCUCCUCAUGGCUAUGCUUGUCCGGUCGAUGGUUGUGGUGAGUGUGUCGUUCCUCACCUCGACGAUAACUCGCGGACUGCUGCUAACAUCCGCGGAACUCUGGCCACUCAGCCUUGGUACGCUCGUGUCGCUCCUCUGGUCAACGCCCAUGGCUCGCUUGAAGCCACUUCCGUCUCCACUACAUCGCUCCACUCCAUUCCGCCUGCCUCGUCUCCGCUCCCUGCUGCAAGUGAUCCAGUCGUCGCCGGCCAUCGCCUCGCCUCCCCCUCGCCCUCGGCGUCCUCGCCGGCUCGAGCCUCGCCUGCCGUCCUCCCGCGAUCCGGCUUUGUUGGUGUCCUCGGCUCAUCCGCUCGCAAGCCUGCUCUCGACUUUACCGAGGCGCUGGCCAGUGAAGACGCCCCAGGCCUCGCUCACGACGGCGCACGUGCCGAUGCUGACGCUGGCUCGGCCAAGUACCGCAAGCGCUCGCUCUGGCGCUCGCUCUCGGCCUGGCUCCCCUACGCCUCGCAGCUCGAAGCGUACUUUACCAGCGACGCCGGCUUGCCGCUCCCAGGAUCCGCUCCGCGCCCGCGCCGCGCGGGCUUCCCUCUCUGGGCCCUCUAUGUCUUUGUCGCUGUCGUCGUCGUCAUUGUCGUUGUUGUGAGCCUCGCUUCGCGCGAACCGCCCACCUCGCGCGCCCGCCGCGCUAUCGCCUCGGGCUAAGCAAGCCUCCUCUCCUUUACAUUGUCACCUCGUACUCAAUGAGGUACGCAGGCAGUGCCCGGUUCGGAUACGGGAUGAGCACCACUUCGCGCGACCGCUCCAGCAUCUCGCGCGCGAGCGAGAACGACGAGUACCCGGCCGCGAGGAGCUGCUCCACCUGUGCCCGCCCGCCGUCGCUCCGCAGCGACGCCAGGCUCUCGGUCGGGAACACAUGCUUGGUCCCAGGCUUGACGACGCACACCAGUGCCCGCCACCGGAACCGCACACGCCCGUCGCCGCUCGUCGGGAGUGCCUUGGGAUACAGCUCUGUAGCCAGCGACAGCGAGUCGCAGAAUACAAGCUCGCUGCUGUCGCCGUACGCCCCGAACCCGG